AUGACCCAACCGCCACCCGUGCCGCACCUCACACCUCAGUUCUGUUUCUCGACAGGCACGCUUAGAGACUUUCUCCGACUGUCACGAGCCAGCAUCGAUGAUGCGAUAACCCAGAAUCUUAAUGCGCUGGUGACGCCGUCUCGAGCAGGCUUCGACCCCUCGUCGACUUCACAAAGGACACCACGAGCUCUCUCGCGUCAAAUAGAUCCCCAGUCGUGCCAGAACUUCAAAGACCAGGCACUAUUCCCGACAUGGCAUGCUCGAGCCGAGGUUCUGCAUUACUGCGGAGUGGUUGCCACGAGUCCCGACCCUGACGACCCAGAGGCCCUUCUGCUCCAGAUAGAAAAAGCGAAGGAUAAGGAGAGGGUUGUGGAUGAGCGACUCGACCCAUACUCGGGCAGGUUCUUCCCGCGAGAGCCUCGCACAGAGAGGCUCGCCAUGUUGAUCCGACAAGAGAAGGGCGUAGAGAAUAUCGUGCGCACAAGAACAUGGGACAUGGUCAAGCAGAGAUGUGGCGAGUCUGCUGAUACAUGGGAAGAGGCUUUUGAAGGAUGGCGCAGGCGAACUGGUGUAAAGGGGGACAACUAA